AUGGCUCCCAUGUUUAGCAAGUUUGUUGACGGCGAUGUUUCACCCAAGACUUCACGACCUGUGGCUGGAGGGAAGCACCAGAAUUUAUGCGAAGAGCAUGAUACAAUCGAAAUCCAGCAAUUCUUCGAAAAGGCCCAGCUCACAUCCACAAAGCAACACCCGACACUUGAACCCCGACUGCCAGAGCUGCUGAACUUCCCUCAGGCCAUUCAAGCUGAAAUAAAGCAUCCCGAUGCAAACACAUCCGAAAAUGAACACAUCGGAAUAAUGGCUCUGCCGAAGCCAGAGGAUUGGACCAAUGAACGGGCUGGGCUAAGCCUGGGAAAUGGGCAACUGAGGCUGGAGAUCCAGGACUGGCGGACCUCUUCCCCGACAUUCAUUGCGGAGAACAACCCCACGGGUAGCCCCAGGUGCGAUCUUGAGGCAAUCAUCACAGAAUCAGACCUCAUACGUAUUGACUUUAAGGUCCCCACAGAUUACCCGGACGGCAUGAUGGGCAUCCUGAGAUCGAUUGAAGCACUAUUCAUAUCUCCGAAGGAUAUUUCCAUGAGCAACAUCGAGACUGGGUCCGCACCGGCUUAUCGAGAGUCGAAGAACCCGAAGAGAGGCAGCUAUUACACCAAAUGGACAAUCCCGUGGGAAACAUCCGGGUGCCGAGUAAGCUGGAUGAAGGCAGAAGAAGAUUCACAGACCAUACAAUUCAGGUUUGUGAGUGGGAGGAAUGCGAUACGUGAGGAGCAGUUGAUGGUCACGGUUGAUGAGCAUGACAAGUUUUAUCAAAAGAUCUCUAAUAAAGACCCUAACACUUACGGCAAAUGGAUGGCACUUCCAGUCCGGGUUUGGCUGCGCAUUCAAUGGUUGAUGGCAAAGACUGGCGACAUAGACAACCAACUGUUUGGAAAGUUGCCUAUCGAUGACAAUUGUCCUUCCUCUACCAAGAAGAGGAACAAAGGCAAGAAGCAAUCAAAGAGAUUGCCAAAGAGAGCCCGGGAAUCUUCCACCAUUGAAGGAAGCUCAGAGCACGAAAAUACAAAUGCCUCGGUUGUGCCAAGUCCUGAGCCAUCGGCGUUGGGGCAAGAACAUACGAUGGAGACAGUGGGAAGUCAGGGGUUGACCAAGAAGUUGGCGAAGGAAGAGUCAACCCAGCAAGAGUUGAUUAAGCGGGGUGCUACACUCAGAAUUGAUACCCAGAAGAGCAACAGAAGGUCAAAGGGCAAGGGUAAGAGAAAGUGCACACCUAGUUCGCCUGGCUCGCCUGGCUCCAACUCAGGGAAAAAGGAUGCAGAUCAGUCAACAGAAUGUGGUGACCAGCCUGAUUUACUUCCAGGAGUGCAGCAUAUCGCUCGACAGGAGGUCCCGAUUGAGCAGCAACUUGCGGCAGUUGCUGGCCAACAAGCAGUUAAUGCCUCCUGGCUCCCUACCCCAAAUGACUUGACUACCCCAUUGUCUGCAUCAUUCGAGACAGCCCGAUCCCACAUCUCCCCCCACACUCCCCUCCCCUUAUCCUCACUUUCAUGUUUCUUUACACCUACGAGUACCCCGCGGAAGAAAGCUGAGGAUGAUGUGGAAGGGGAAGCGAAUGAGGCAAAAAUUGGGCCAGCAGAGAUUUCGGAUCAGCUGCGCCUUACUCCGCAGGGGGUUAAGGUUGGGCUUCGGGGCCCUGUCUCGAACAACAAGGACGAAGUGUGGUUCUCUGACCCUGAAGAGUACCUUGGCGGCCACGAGGUGCAGGAACAAGUCUUGCAUCGAAGUGAGUCUUUUGAUGUGGCCAGUCUAGGGCGUUUCAAGAGCCAGGAAACCGCAUCCUCGUCCCCAACAGUCGACCCUCUAUUGUCUUCCCGUGCCUCUUUUAGCCCAUCUAUUACAGACUUGGCUGGGUUUAGGUCAGAUGAGCCUAGGUCAGAUGGCACCGUCCAGCCAGACGACCAAACUCCAGCCGAGUCUAGCCGAUGUGGCAAGAAGAGUGCAUAUAAGAGGAGAAAGCAGAAAAGACGGAGACACAAGGACUUGUUGAAACGUCAGCAAGAGCGCAGUGGGGACACCGAACCCCCCGUCUCCAGUGCUUCCUCCUCCCAGAGCAACGGAGUGGAAGGUCGUUCUCCGUCUCCACCCGAGUCGUUCGAGGAUAAAGAAUCAACUCCCACAGGCAAGCAGUUCGGCAACGUCGGGAUUCCGUCCCCUGAAUCGCAGUGGAACUUCGGCAGGAUCGCUGUGCUUUGCGAGAAGCAAGGCUGCCAAGUCCUCUGUAUUUUAAGGGAUGGAGUCUCCGUUGUUUGCCCUAAGUGCGGACCGUUUUCCGAGGUCCGCUACUGCGGCAAGGGGCAUCUGUGGGAGGAUGUCAAGAUGCACUGGCUGAUCUGCGGGACACGACCAGUCUACCAGCAGCAGCUCUUGACCGGUUCGAUUCCAUACGACGUUCUCGUGGGUCCACCAAUGCUUCCCAGUCUUCACCAGUGGGAUACCCCUGAGCGCCAUCGUCAGGCGGUGUGGUUUAGUUCCGCCCGCGACCGAGGUGACUAUUUCGUGUUCGCGGAGUGGGACGACCUGGUGAAGGCCGCGGACGCUCCAGCCAGUCACGCAGGGCUGCGAUGUUCACCUCAAAUCGCAUACAUUGUGCGAUUAGAGGAUGCCGAGGAGAAGGACCGCCGAGGAGAAGGACCGGUUCCGCCGGUGCCUUGCAAUUUGUCUCUUUUCUUCUUUACACCUUCACUUUCAGUUCCAUUGCACUCUCGGCUUCCUCGCGCUUUGAUACCAUAUAACCCUCACCACUGCCCGUUUUUCAGAUUAUAUGCUAACCCUUUAUUUCUUCCAGCGGCAGUUGAACAUCCAGCCCUCGUGGACUAUCUUUACCGGCUUGUCCGGGACUGGAUGCGGGCUCAUAACAUGUGGGCCAGUGACAAGGACAUGGACAGCAUGUUGCGCUACCAGAUGGGACUCGAGAUGGGUAACACCCUCGAUAAGAGCUGUCUUGGCUUGCGGCAUGCUUGUGAGACGGAGUGGGUCGGUGCCAACCGACGUCACUGCGAGGAUUCGACCUGCGCGAGCGAGCGCCGCCCCACGUUUCUCGGUAACCAGUGUAUGGGGUUGGGCUUCCAGAGAGUGUGCGAAUACCUCGAAUCCAGCUAUUGGGUUCUGAGGGCGCACCGAGCCACCCAUCCUUUGGUGAGCGACGUGGUGGCUCGCACGUGUGGGGGAGGAUUCUCGGAGGUCCUUUCAACGGACCGGCGGACUUUCUGCCGUGGCGAAGGUUGGGACGGGGCGGGAACGGGACCCAUGGAGCUGGAGAUGCCGUGA